AUGGCGGCGGUGGCGGCGGGCGCGGCGGCCCCUCAGCAGCCGCCGCCGCCUCAGCAGCCGCCGCAGCCGGCGGGAGGCGGCGGGAGUGGUUCCGGGGAGGCGGCGGGAGCCGCGGGUGGUGCCGGAGGCGGCGGCGGAGGUGCCGGAGGCGGCGGCGGCGCAGCCGGGCCUGCGCCGGGCUCGGGGUCGGGCGGCGGCGCGGCCGCGGGCGAAUCGUGGUACCUGGCGCUGCUGGGCCUGGCCGAGCAUUUCCGCACGUCCAGCCCGCCCAAGGUGCGGCUGUGCGUGCACUGCCUGCAGGCCGUGCUGCCCCGCAAGCCCCCGGCCCGCAUGGAGGCCCGCACGCACCUCCAGCUCGGCUCCGUCCUCUACCACCACACCCGCAACGGCGACCAGGCCCGCGGGCACCUGGAGAAGGCGUGGCUGAUAUCCCAGCAGAUCCCCCAGUUUGAAGACGUGAAGUUUGAGGCAGCCAGUUUGCUGUCAGAGCUCUACUGCCAGGAGAAUUCCGUGGACACGGCCAAGCCCCUGCUGCGCAAAGCCAUCCAGAUCUCCCAGCAGACUCCCUACUGGCACUGCAGGCUGCUCUUCCAGCUGGCUCAACUGCACACGCUGGAGAAGGAUUUGGUGUCGGCCUGUGACCUGCUGGGCGUGGGGGCUGAGUACGCGCGCGUGGUGGGCUCCGAGUACACCAGAGCCCUCUUUCUGCUCAGCAAGGGGAUGCUGCUGCUGAUGGAGAGGAAGCUGCAGGAGGUUCACCCGCUGCUGACGCUGUGCGGGCAGAUCGUGGAGAACUGGCAGGGCAACCCCAUCCAGAAGGAAUCCCUCAGGGUCUUCUUCCUGGUCCUGCAGGUCACGCAUUACCUGGAUGCCGGCCAGGUGAAGAGCGUGAAGCCGUGCCUGAAGCAGCUGCAGCAGUGCAUCCAGACCAUCUCCACCCUGCACGACGACGAGAUCCUGCCCAGCAACCCCGCCGACCUCUUCCACUGGCUGCCCAAGGAGCACAUGUGUGUGCUGGUCUACCUGGUGACAGUGAUGCAUUCCAUGCAGGCAGGCUACCUGGAGAAGGCUCAGAAGUACACGGACAAAGCCCUCAUGCAGCUGGAGAAGCUCAAAAUGCUGGACUGCAGCCCCAUCCUGUCCUCAUUCCAAGUGAUUCUGUUGGAGCACAUCAUCAUGUGCAGGCUGGUCACGGGACACAAAGCCACAGCCCUGCAGGAGAUCUCCCAGGUGUGCCAGCUGUGCCAGCAGUCCCCCAGGCUCUUCUCCAACCACGCUGCCCAGCUGCACACGCUCCUGGGUCUGUACUGCAUCUCUGUCAACUGCAUGGAUAAUGCAGAAGCACAAUUCACUACAGCACUGAGGCUCACAACCCACCAGGAGCUGUGGGCGUUCAUUGUCACCAACCUGGCCAGCGUCUACAUCCGCGAGGGCAAUCGGCACCAGGAGCUCUACAGUUUAUUGGAAAGGAUAAAUCCCGACCACAACUUCCCAGUGAGUUCCCACUGUCUGCGGGCUGCAGCGUUCUACAUCCGAGGGCUCUUCUCCUUUUUCCAGGGAAGAUACAACGAGGCCAAGCGCUUUUUGCGGGAGACGCUGAAGAUGUCGAACGCCGAGGACCUGAACCGCCUGACGGCGUGCUCGCUGGUGCUGCUGGGCCACAUCUUCUACGUGCUGGGCAACCACAGGGAAAGCAACAACAUGGUGGUGCCAGCCAUGCAGCUGGCCAGCAAGAUCCCAGACAUGUCCGUGCAGCUCUGGUCCUCCGCCCUGCUCCGGGACCUGAACAAGGCGUGUGGCAAUGCCAUGGAUGCCCACGAGGCCGCCCAGAUGCACCAGAACUUCUCCCAGCAGCUGCUCCAGGACCACAUCGAGGCCUGCAGCCUCCCCGAGCACAACCUGAUCACGUGGACGGAUGGACCCCCCCCAGUCCAGUUCCAGGCCCAGAACGGCCCCACCACCAGCCUGGCCAGUCUGCUGUGAAUUCCAGCAAAACUCCAGGAAAACUCCUGGAAAAACUCCAGGAAAACUCCAGGAUAUCCACCAACAACAUCCCGUGAGGGGGGGAAAAACAAAGCGUCAAAAACUUGGGAAAAGAAACAAAAAAAAUCCAUGGAAAAGCUUCCGAAUUCCCUCUGGUAGUGAGAAAAACCCAGGAAUUUUCCAGGGAUUCCCAGAGCCUCCGGAGCUGCUUUUCCAGGUGGGAAUGCCCAGGUGAAUGCCAAGGUUGGAUCCUGCAGGGAAUUGCCAGGAAGGGCUGGGAAUCCUCGGGGAUAAGGGGAUGAGGAAAUAAUGGAUUGGAUUCCCAGCUGGAAUUCCCCCAGGGGAAAUUCCCAUUUUUUUGGGAAGGAGGAAUUCCAGGGUUUCCUGGGAUGUCCCUCCUGCAGCCACAGCUCUCCCCACGCCGCUGGGAUUGGGGAAAAUCCGGAGUUUUCCUGCUGAUCCCAAUUUUUUCCAGGCUGAAGGCACCACCUGUGCCUUAAGGAUUCCCAAAUCCUGGGAAUAAAUCCCAGUCCAGGGGUUUGGGAUGGAAUUCCAGCCUUGCCCUCGGCACAAAAUUCCCUUUUCCAGGUUAAAUUCCCUGGUUUUAGCCCAGUUUAUUGUGGAUUUCCCAGAAAUCUGGGAAUGCUGAAUCCCAGAAAAGAGCUGGAAGUUUUUCCGGGCUCCCAGCAGUGCCUGGGCUGGAACUGAGUUGUUUUUCCCAGUUGGAAUUUCUCCAGAUUUCUGGGAAAGGAGGAAGGAAAAGAACUCUGGAAUUCUUGGAGAGAGGAAAGCCAAAGCCCUGGAACUGCCAGAGAUUUUUGGGAAUUUUUAAUCCCACCUGGAUGAGAAGGAACCUUAAAAUUCCCUUUAAGUCCCUUUAAAAUUCCUUUAUUCCCAUCAUCUUUCUUUCCCAAAUCCCAUCUUUUUCCAGAGCAAGGAAUUUUUUCCAGUCAAAUUCCUCCAUUUUUCCCUCUGGAAUUCAUUCCAGGGAUGAGGUUUUUUGGUCCCAUUCCCAGAAAAUUGCAUUUUCCAGGGUUUUUUUUUCUACGGAAAUCCUGGUCCUAGGCCUGCAAAGGACCUGGAAAUCCCUGGAAGUUUUGGGGAUUGAGGAUUGAGAGUUUUUAUUCUGGAUUUUUGUGGGGAUUAAGGAAAAUCCUUGGUGCCAUUGGAACUCAAAAGCAGGGAAAAAAAUCCCCAAAAAUUCCCAAAUCCAGGGAUUUUCCAGCCUGAAUCCAGGGCUGGGAAUUCCCAUGGGAAAUUCCAGAGGCUCCCAGGGUUUUUUUUUUUGGGAUAUUUGGAAUCCCACUGAGAUAGAACCAUGCCAGGAAUUUUGGGAUCUGGGGAUUUUCAUCAGGAACUGGGGGAGUUUUCCCAGUUUUUGAUUUUUCUGGGAAGCACAUUCCCAGUUUUUAUUUCCUCUGGGGUGCAACAGUUCCUUGGAAUCUUUUUCCUUGGAAUUUCCCUGGCUUGGGAAAUUCCCAAAUCCCAGCCAGGAAAUCCAAAUUUUCCUUUCUAACUCCGUAACGUUCCAGAAUAUUCUGGAAUUUCAGGCCCAACUCAGAUCCAGCUUGCUAUUUUGGGCUCAAAUUCCCAAAUUUUGGGCUGGAAAAGCCUCGGGAUGAUCCCAAUCCCAGGGCAGGGACACUUCCACUAUUCCAGGCUGCUCCCGCCUGCAUUUGAGCACUUCCAGGGCGGCCAAAUCCCAAAAACUUUGGGAAAAACCCGGAAAAAAAAUGGGGGAAAAUUGGGGAAAAUCCCAAUUCCGGAGAGCUGUGGUUGGGGCUGAGCUUUGGGAAUUCCCCAGGUGAGAAAAGAGCCUUUCCCACCCCCCGGAGAUGCCGAGGAAGGAGCAGAAUUCCCAAAAAGUCCCCAAAAUUCCCAAUUUUCCGCCUCCAAUCUCCCGUGAAAAUCCAUCAAAAUCGGUGAAACAGCCGGAAAAUCCAGUGGGAAUUCUCGGGGGGGGGGCUGGGGUGGGAGCUCUGAGCUGAUCCCAGCUCCCGGGGGCUCCUCCUGCCGCCGGAAUUCCCAAAUCCCCAAACUCCCGGCGGAAAUUCCAAUGUACAGAGCUUUUUACCAUUGUAUAUUAAAUUAUUUAAUAGCUUUU